AUGUGGAGCCGCACCCUGUCGCGCUCGCAAGAGCCCAAGACGUCCGACUGCGUGCUGCUCGACGACAGCCGGCAUUCCCUGCAAUCGCCGCAGCCUGCCUCGUCGUCGCCUAUCGUACUGGAUGAGGUGGUGGAGCUGAGCGACAGCGAUGUGGAGGAGGUGAAGCCGAAGCGGAUGCGCUAUGAGUCGUCGCCGGUCAUGCUGAAUGCCAGCAGCCCGACGGUGCAGAGGUUUAAUGCGGCCAUGCAGACCGUGCUGGUGGACUGCACGCAGGCCGCUGGAUGGCGAGGAUUCGCUGCCGAGCUCGCCUUACUCCGGGCUGACAGAGCUGUGGGCGCGCAGGAGCCGGGAGGGGAGGGCGUGGUAGCAGCGCUGGAGGUUAUUCCGGAGACCCCGGGCCAGUCGCCUGAUCUCUCGGACCAACUGCCAGAGCUCGCAAAUAUACCACCCCUGGCAGAGCUGCACAGCGACCCGAUCUCGGAGUUCAGGUCGGAAGAGAACAGCCUCGAGCAGCACGGCAAUAGCGACCCGCUGGCCAGCAUCACGCAAUGGGCGACUCCGGCCGAGCCAUCGCAUGGCAGCCAGCACAGCGAAGACGCGCACGCCUCUGGGUCCGAGUCGCCGCUGGAGGGAUUCUGCAGUCUGCAGAAUGCAUCGCAGAUGGAUGCGUCGGAGCGCGACCUUGCGCCAUUUACGUCGGCAGCAGCCGGGCGCCGGUGGGCGGGCAGCGGGCGUCUGGCAGCAUCGCACAGUGCGCCGGUGCGCCCGGUUGUGUUGUCAAGCAGCGCGCAGAAUGGCCAGCGGUCACGGCAGCAGCAGGCGGUGGGCUUCACGGUGUGCAAUCACUAUGCAGCCGAUCCGUUCCUGGAUGUCGAAGCGUCGCUGAACUGGGAGGGCGGCGGGGCGUCGCGGUUCGGGUAA